AUGUUGUACAGAACCACCGCUGCCCGCUCUGUCCUCAGAGCUAUCUCGAGCUCCAAUGCCUCGGUCGCCCGCUUGGCCCUGUCCAACAAUGUCUUCAAGGCUCCCUUGACCUCUUCCGCUCGUUAUCCCGCUCGCCCGACCACUUCUCCCAGCCUCGCUCUGGCUGCUCGCAAGCCCGUCACCACCGCCCUCGUCCGCCAUUCGUCCACGUCGUCCAAGGAUGGCGAGGAUGUUGACAUGAUGGCAGGCAUCAAGACCGAGGCUAAAGUCAUCAAGGACACCUUCAGCCUGGAGGCCGUCCCCAAGGAGGCUCUCUACCUCGGAAUGGCCGGUGUCAUCCCCUACCUUGCUACUUCCCUCCAGACCGUCUACCUCUCCUGGGAGAUCAAGGCCGCUGCUAUGGCCGGUGAUGGUCUCCUCUUCUCCGGCCAGAGUGCCGAGCUGAUGCUGCACAUGAUCGAGCCUAUCCAGGUCGGCUAUGGUGCUGUUAUCCUGUCCUUCCUCGGUGCCGUCCACUGGGGUCUUGAGUGGGCCGGAUACGGUGGCAAGUACGGCUACAAGCGCUACGCUGCCGGUAUCGUCGCGCCUGCUGUCGCCUGGCCUACUCUGCUGCUCCCCGUUGAGUACGCUCUGAUCUCCCAGUUCCUUGCCUUCACCUUCCUGUACUACAACGACGCCCGUGCUGCCGCCCUCGGUCGCGCCCCCGCCUGGUACGGCAUGUACCGUUUCGUCCUCACCUUCAUUGUCGGAGCCAGCAUUGUUGCCAGCCUGGUCGGCCGCGAGCAGAUCGCCGGUACCCUGACCACUGAGCACACGAUCAAGGACAAGAUCAACGCUCUGAUCUUCCUGCAGAAGAAGGAGAAGGAGGAGGUCGAGGCGCGCCGUCGUGCCGAGAUCGAGGAGUCGGAGUAAGGGACGAUCGUUCCAUGAAACGGCACGUGCAGCCCGAAGGAAACACAAGGGCAAUCGGAGAGAGGGAAUGAUCACCCAGGCUGUCCGUGGCAGCAAGGUGUGACACAGGAGAAUCAUGUCGAUUAAGUUAAGUUGAGUAUAUUGGUUGAGAUUUCUUGUAGAUUACAUGCGAAAUCAACAAUCCAGCAGACGCUGGUUUUCAUUUGUGU